AUGACGAAAGCUAAUAUUCCAAAUAGUGUAAAAAUAUCACUAAUUUCAUAAUUGAUAAUGUUGGCUGUUGCUAUUUUAUUUGAGUUUACGCUCUUUUUCACAAAUCUGUACGAGAUUUACUCACCUCAAAUAUGCACGAUCUCAUUCACUGGCAAAAAAAGAUGCUUGAAUUAUGAUGGCAAUUACGAAACUUUCACAGUCGCUUGUGAGGACUGCUAAUUUUUAUGCCUCAUUUGGCCAUUGUCCUUGGCUGAAAUUAUAUUAUUAUUGUGUAUUUUUAUAUGCAAAAUAUACUACUUUUAUACUCUGAAGUGCUGCACUAUCAUCAAGGUAAUAUCAAUCAUUUUAAUUGCAAUAAUACUCAGCUUGGAAAUCUAUUUACUUUUCUAAUUUGAUAACAAUGUUCCCUAAGUAUUAACCUUUAAUUAUAAAAUCAAACUAUAUCCCAUCGUCACAAAACUGAUGAUCGGAAUUUUGAUCUUGUCUAUCAUUAUCGCCAUAUGGAUCGAAGAUAUCUAAACAUUUAAGUAUAAGAAGCAAAGAUUAAUGUCAACCUCCUCUUGCUGUUAUUCACAAUAAUUGUUAUAAAUUUAGUGA